UUCUUUUGCAGUGCACGGUUUCAAUGUGUCAUGCUUUGUUCGGCCGGUAAACCCAUUCUUAUCACGGGGUGCAGGUUUGAGAUGUAUCGGACAUCCCGGCCAAGAAAUCAGUUGUGGGCAUAUUGCAGACCAGUCUGAAGUGCCGUGUCUAACCGCGAUCCGCGCGUCCCGCCGACAGGGUUCAGCGUGUUCGCCAGCGACAAUGGCAUCGUGAUGACGUGCGGGGACGGCACGUACGGCUGCCUCGGUCACGGCAACUGGAACAACAUCAACACGCCCAAGCUGGUCGAGUCGCUGCUGACGGUGGACGUGGCGGCGAUCGCGUGCGGCCGCCGCCACGUGGUGGUGGUCGGCGGCGGCGGCGAGGUGUACAGCUGGGGCCAGGGCCAGGGCGGCCAGCUGGGGCUCGGCCACGAGGAGGACUGCAGCCUGCCGCAGGAGGUCACCAUCCCCGACGACCAGGUGGUGGAGAACGUGCGCUGCGGCGGCGACGGCACCAUCUUCAUCACCCAGCAGGGCACCCUGCUGGCCUGCGGCAGCAACGAGCGCAACAAGCUCGGCCUCAACGCCAGGCGCGGCCUGAUGCAGUCCAUGGGCCGCGGCGCAGAGGUCGAGAAGGCACUCCUGCCCACGCCCGUCAAGUCAGUCACCUCCAAGAUCAUCGACGUCAGCAUGGGGCCGCACCACACGGUGGCGCUGACCGAGAACGGCCACCUGGUGUCGUUCGGGCGCAGCUCAGAGGGACAGCUGGGCCACACGCGCGGCCGCGCCGCCGGACAGCCCAACCUGGUGCGCAGCAUGAUGGACAAGACGGUGACGAUGGUGCAGUGCGGCAGCACCUUCACCGUGGUGGGCACCAUCGACAACGUGCUCUACCUGUGGGGCACGCGGCGCGUCAGCCAGGCGGCCGGCGGCGCUGUCAGCCGGCCGGUGAGCACGAGUCCGCAGCAGGGCCGCGCAGCCGCCGCCGCCGCCAAACCCGGCAGCCCGUCCUACCGACCGCCGAGCAAAGAUCGCCGCAACCACGAGCGCGAACAGAUGCUCAACGACGAGAUAGAGAAACUGCGCGCCGAACUGGAGAACCAGAAACGGCUCCAGGCGCAGAUCAUGUCCGAAAAGAUAAAACAAGGAGAGGACGAUGGUGGCGAGCAGAGCACCGACAAGGCGGACACAGAGAAAGGCUGCGUGCUCAUGUGA